AUGCAAAGAGGUUGUCUGGUGGUGCUUCUCCUUGCUGGUCUCCCUUUGGACUAUGAUGAUGAGACUGUUGCCAAUCAGCUGAUUCCUCCUCAUGACCUUCAUUUACCACAGGGAUGCCAGGCGGUGACAAGUACAGCGCCUGGACGGGAGCUGAGAUCGAAGGGCUUCCUGACUGCUAAGAAGCAGCUGGACAUCUACAUGAGAGAAGCAGAGAAGCAAAAAAUAGCCAGUUCAGAGAACAGUGUUUCCAGGCAUGAAAAUGGAAUUUCUUCAGCAAGGAGAAAGACCUUCUACACUGUGCAGGAGGUCAUUGAUGCUGUCCAAAAUGGAGAGAGUGAUGUGGACAUAGACUUUGAUGAAACUCAUGAAGAGCUUCUCCUUAAUGUCGAAUCAGUGGUCCAGACGCGUUUACCGAGAAUGACUUUCACACAGAACGAGCUGGCACUUGAAGAUGUGACUUUACCCGAGGAAAUCCUAGCGUUUCUUUAUCCGCAAAGAGAGCACAGCCCUCUCAUGGCUGUCGGAAAAAGACAUUUGAUCUCACUCAGCUUCCAGAAUCCUUUUAAGACUACAGUGGAAACAAAGUUGCUGUGGACUGAAUGCGCGGACACGCAAGCGGCGCCCAACGGUUGCAACUACGACGUGGUCUUGGCCCAUGAAAGGAAGGACACCAGCCGUGUGUUUCUCUGCGGGACGGAUGGAGCCGAGACACUGUGCUGCGACAUGAAGCCAUAUGAGUUUCCGCUCAUCUGCUCGCCAACUGAUGACCUGAAAAACAUGCGAAGGAACAUUAGGGAUUUUAUCUUGAAGGAUGCUGAACAUUCAACACUUGUUGAAUCUGCGGAAAGUUCCUCACUGUUUGUAACAUACUCCGGCUCCCAGGAGUACGUGGGCGUCCACAAGUUUGGAAAGAAUAGAGUGGGACCAGCUAACCUUGAUAAAGAGCAGCAAUAUAUUGGUUUGGUGCCAAUCAGACGCAAGGAUGAACCUUUGCAGGACAAAGUGUACGCCUUCUACAAGGAGAGGAAUAAAGAUUUGAAUGUGUGCAGCAGUAUUUGGCUUCCAUACGUCUCGCAGUUCUGCAUGGUAGACAUUGGCGGGCCUAAGAACAACAUGCAGUUCACCUGGACCUCCCAGCUGAGCGCCAAACUCUUUUGUGGCGACCCAAAGGGGGAAAAAAGAUUCUCCGAGAUUGUGGAUAUAACCACUGUUCAUGCUGAACAAUGGCAGGAUACCCUUGUUUAUGCACUUUUCAGGAAUGAAUGGAACAUGAGCGCUGUGUGUAUGUACUCCAUGAAGGACAUCCAUGACAUCUUUAUGAACUCGACUUUCAAAGGUUCAGACCAUCAGAGGGGCCGGCCCAGGGUGUGUGUUCCAGACAGUACACGUCUAUCACUGGAAGUACUGAGAAUGACCCAGAUAAACUCUGAGAUGGAGCAGUGGGUGAAGCCUGUAAAGAAUUCAGAACCGCUUCUUGUCCGCCACCAUGUGUACACCCACAUCCGUGCCGAUGCUUCUUUCACAAAGGAACACACACUUCUAUUUUUGUCUAGAAAUUGCGGAGGGGUGGACAAAGUGGUGCUGAAAGAGAGCACAGCCUUAAUUGUCGCUGAAUACAGACCUUUCACCGAAAGAGCUCAUAUCGACGACCUCAUUCUCCACCCUUUCUCUAAGAAUCUCUACGUCAAAUCUGGCAAUCAACUGCUUCAAAUGAACGUGGCCAACUGUGCACUUUAUGGAGACACAUGCGAGCAGUGUGUGUUGGCACAAGAUCCUUACUGUGGGUGGGAUGGCGAGAGCUGCACCUCAAUAACCACUAGCAGUGGUGAGGUGGUUCAGGAUGUGAAAUCAGGAAAUUACCGAUUGUGCUCAUCCUCAUCUCAUGUUCACUCAAGUAAAGUGGUCAGUCACCCAAGCAUGCCUGAGGUGGCGUUAGCACUUCCUCACGGGUUCCAAUUCUACCUGCAUUGCCCUGUUGGGUCUCACCAUGCCAACUACAGCUGGCAUCACAAUGGCGGCGGACCAACGCCUUGCACCUGGAACCCGCACGGGUGCUUGCUUUUAAUUGACAGUCAACAGGAUGAGGAGUACAUGUGCAUGUCAGAGGAAAAGGGCUAUCGCCGCGAGCUAGCUCGCUAUACUGUAAAAGUCACGGGUAGGGGAACGUUAGCAACACGCCACACUGGAAUACUAUUUUGGCUAUGUGUGCUGGCUGCGCUCAUGUGCACAAUAAUGUAA